AUGGGAUUCGGCGAGGAUUAUUACCAAUUAAAUAAAUAUCACUUUGUGAAACUUAUUGAGAUUGUUAAGAACAUGACGAAAGACCCUGAAUUACCGAUCACCCCAAUUGUGUACCAGGAGAGUUAUCGUGAUGAAUGUGAAAUUGACCGUAGAACAAUCAUUCAUGUCUGGAAAACUGUAGAUUGGCAAAAACACGUCCACACUGCCAUUCUAGAUGGAUAUAAGGUCAUAGUUUCUGGCACAUGGAAUCUCAAUGACAUACAAACUGAUCUUGAUUGGAUGAGAUAUUACGCACAGAAUAUCAGAGAUUUUGGAGGCUCAUCUACGCAAACACAAUCAGUCAUUGGAGGUGAAGCUACACUGUGGAGCACACGUGUGGAUGCGACGAAUAUAAUGUCUUUAGCCUGGCCUAGAGGUGCUGCUACAGCUGAACGACUUUGGACGAAACGCCCUGACAGUAUAGACGAAUUCGGAAAGAGAUUGGACGAGCUUCGAUGCAGAAUGCGCCA